AUGGGGACACGCAGUGGGAGGAGGAAAUGAUAGCGCCUCGUUUCUUUUCUCCAGACCGGAGGCUGAUGACGGCUCAUUUUCCAUUUGGCUCUUAGCUGCGAGGAACUUUCUCCAUUUUGAAUACAAGAAAACUAGAUAUGUGUGGAAUUUUUGCCUACUUGAACUACAGAGUCCCACGGACCAGAAAGGAGAUUUUUGAGACUUUGGUCAAAGGACUUCAGAGACUGGAGUACAGGGGAUAUGACUCCGCAGGCAUUGGAGUUGAUGGUCCCAGAAAAAACGACAAUGGCAGCAUCUGCCUGUUCAAGAAGAAAGGGAAGGUGAAAGCUCUGGAUGAAGAACUACAUAAGAGCGAUUCUAUUGACCUGGACACAGAACUGGAUACCCAUUUUGGGAUUGCCCACACUCGCUGGGCUACCCAUGGGGAACCCAGCGCUCUCAACAGCCACCCACAACGCUCCGACAAGAACAAUGAGUUCAUCGUGAUCCACAACGGCAUCAUCACAAACUACAAGGAGUUGAGGAAGUACCUGAACUCCAAGGGCUACGAGUUUGAAUCGGAGACGGACACAGAGGUGAUCCCCAAGCUCAUCAAGUACGUCUACGACAACCGAGAGAACGACUAUGUCUCCUUCUCCACCCUGGUGGAGCGAGUCAUCCAGCAACUGGAAGGGUCUUUUGCUCUCGUUUUCAAAAGCAGCCAUUUCCCAGGCGAAGGCAUAGCCACCAGGAGAGGCAGUCCUCUACUGAUUGGUGUGAGGAGCAUGUAUGAGCUGUCAAUGGAAGAAAUCCCUAUACAGUAUAACACUGGUCAUCUGGGCGUUCAGCAGAGAAACUUCCGGAACAGGGUGGACAGUUGUACCGCCCUGCAUUCUGUCAACGACAGAAAGGCAGUGGAGUUCUACUUUGCCUCGGACGCCAGUGCCAUCAUUGAGCACACCAAGAAGGUGGUGUACCUGGAGGACGAUGACAUUGCGGCGGUGGCCGAGGGGAAGCUGUCGCUGCACCGCGGGAGGGGCGUGGCCGGGGACUACCCCCCCAGGGCCAUCCAGACGCUGCAGAUGGAGCUGCAGGAGAUCAUGAAAGGGAACUUCAAGGCCUUCAUGCAGAAGGAGAUCUUUGAGCAGCCAGAGUCUGUUUUCAACACCAUGAGAGGACGAAUCUGUUUUGACACCAACACAGUGGUCCUAGGGGGGCUGAAGGACCACCUUAAGGAGAUCCGCCGCUGCAGGCGCCUCAUUGUGAUUGGUUGCGGCACCAGUUUCCACGCCGGACUGGCGACCAGGCAGAUCCUGGAGGAGCUGACGGAACUUCCUGUCAUGGUGGAGCUGGCCAGCGACUUCCUGGACCGCAACACGCCUGUCUUCAGAGACGACGUCUGCUUCUUCAUCAGCCAAUCAGGCGAGACGGCCGACACUCUGAUGGCGUUGCGGUACUGCCGGGAGCGUGGCGCCCUGACUGUGGGCGUGACCAAUACUGUGGGCAGCUCCAUCUCCAGGGAGACGGACUGUGGCGUCCACAUCAACGCCGGGCCGGAGAUCGGCGUGGCCAGCACCAAGGCAUACACCAGUCAGUUUGUGUCUCUCAUCAUGUUUGGUCUGAUGAUGAGUGAGGACAGACUGUCCCUGCAGAAAAGGAGGCUGGAGAUCAUCAACGGUCUCAGGACACUGCCAGACCUGAUCCAGGAGGUUCUGAGUGUGGAUGAGCAAAUCAGGUCCAUAGCAGACGAGCUGUACCAGCAGAGGUCUCUGCUGGUCAUGGGCCGAGGCUACAACUACGCCACCUGUCUGGAGGGGGCACUGAAGAUCAAGGAGAUCACCUACAUGCACUCGGAGGGGAUCCUGGCGGGGGAGCUGAAACACGGCCCUCUGGCCCUCAUAGACAAACACAUGCCCGUCAUCAUGAUCAUCAUGAGGGACGCCUGCUACACCAAGUGUCACAACGCCCUGCAGCAGGUCACCGCCAGACAGGGGCGUCCCAUCAUCCUGUGUAGCCGUGGCGACCCGGAGGUGAGCAGGAAGGCGUACCAGACCAUCCAGCUGCCCCAGACGGUGGACUGUCUCCAGGGCGUCCUCAGCGUCAUACCCCUGCAGCUGCUCUCCUUCCACCUGGCCGUGCUUCGCGGCUACGACGUGGACUGUCCUAGGAACCUGGCCAAAUCUGUAACUGUGGAGUAACCACUGGAUCGUCCGACGACAA